GAUCUGGUUAGCAUUAAAAUAAUAUUGUUACUUUUAAGUUAAGGUUCAUUAGAUAUCUUUAGUACAGAUACAGAUACAGCCUACAUUCACAUAUAUUUUUCGGGUAAUCGCGGGUAUUGUCAUCAUUACUCAUAAAAUACCUCACAGAAGAAGAACUACUUGAACUGAGGAGCAGCCUUUACAUACAAAUAUAUUGGACUAUCAUUACUUUUUUUUGGCUUUAACUAUUCAAGAUGACAUUAGAUAAAUACCCUACACAUAACGAGUUCCGUAGUGAUACUUUCACAGUUCCUACUCAAUCCAUGAUACUGGCACUCUCAACUGCAACCUUUGGAGAUUCUGUUUAUAAAGAAGAUGAAGUAACCCUUUUAUUGGAAGAAAAAAUGAGAGUACUCACUGGUAAACCAGGUGCCCUUUUCUGUGCAUCCGGUACUCUUUCAAACCAAAUUGGUCUUAGAGCUAACUUGGUUCAACCACCAUAUUCUAUUUUAUGUGACUAUAGAGCCCAUGUAUUCUUACAUGAAGCUGGUGGACUUGCAUCUCUUUCCCAAGCAAUGAUUCACCCAGUGAAGCCUGCUAAUGAAGACUAUCUUACUCUUGAAGACAUUAUAGAAAAUUAUACUCCAGAUGAUGGGGACAUACAUGCAGCACCAACCAAGGUAAUUUCAUUGGAAAACACCCUUCAUGGUAUAAUCAUGCCUAUUGAAGAAAUCGCCAGAAUUUCCCAAUUUUGUAAAGAAGAAGGAUUAAAAUUACAUUGUGAUGGUGCAAGAUUAUGGAAUGCUAGUGCCGCAACUGGGGUUUCCAUUAAGGAAUAUUGUUCUUAUUUCGAUUCAGUAUCACUUUGUUUAUCCAAAUCCUUAGGUGCACCAAUGGGGUCUAUUCUUGUUGGAGAGGAAAAAUAUAUUGAAAAAGCUAACCAUUUUAAGAAGCAAAAUGGUGGAGGAAUUAGACAAGCUGGAAUUGUUACAUCUAUGGCAAUUGUUGCUAUUGAAGAGAACUUUUCUAAAUUAUGUCAAUCUCAUGAAUUUGCCAAAGAUGUUGGAUCUUUCUGUACCAAAAACGGUAUUGCACUUGAACACCCAGUGGAUACAAACUUUGUCUUUAUUGACACUAAAAAGAUGAAGAUGAAUGACGCAUUAUUAGUAACCCUUGGGAAAAAGCAUAACGUAAGAUUGAUGGGUAAAAGACUUGCCUUCAGUUUCCAAAACGACAAAGAGAGUGUUGAGCGUCUUAAGCUUGCAAUCUUAGAAUGUUAUGAAGAUUCUAAAGUGCGGCCAUUUGAAGGUAUUAAAUGUAACAAGAAGAUGUACUUGUAAUCUUAAAACACUCAAAUUAUAUGCAUUCCCAGUCCAUUAUAAAGCUAAAAAUAUAUUCACAAGUUUAAAAGAUUUUAGGCGA